AAAAUGUUUAAACAAUAUGAAAAUAAACCUUUAUGCUAUGAAGCAAUACACAAAAUUACUGAACAUUGUGUGUACUAUGUAAUUGAAUUAUAGUUAAAUGAGGAUAAUAUUCGUCAGCUAUUGAAAACUAGAAAGCAAUUGAUGGCUGUUUUAUCUCAUUCUUGAACUUUGAUCAGUUAUGGUCCUGUCAUUGACAAAUAGCAGUGCUUUCAAGCGUUGUACUGAUUACAUUACUUUUAUACAACUGAACUGGUGAUAAGUCUUUUUUAAACAAAAAAACAUCAAACAUUAACUUUUAACUUUGUAUUUUUUAAUUAGCAAAAUUUUUGUUAAUCGAUUUCAGAUAUAAUGUUUAGGUCAAAAUAUGUUGGUUCAUAUGGAUCCUUUUCUCGCGAAUGGGAACCUCCACCACAACCUCCGCCACGACCUCCACCGUGGCCACCGCGUAUACCACAAGAAUAUGAUCCAUAUAUUGGUCCAGGAAAAUGGAAUAGAGGUCGUAUUAAAUCGUUUAGUGUGACCGAACACUUUGGCAGUAUUGUAGCAGAUUUUCGUAAUUUGGAAGUUUUUUUCCACCAAUCUAACGUAUACGGAAUUUCUGCGGAGCAGUUAUAUCCAGACUUACCAGUUUGGUUUCAAAUACGUCCAGGUGUAAGAGGAUUAGAAGGAUAUAAUAUUCAACCAGCAAUUGAAAUGAGAGAAUUUCCUUCAACAUCACGAAUUUCAUGGUCAGAACCAGCAGUUUGUCAACCCUUAUUUCCUCUUAGUUCAGAGCCACUUAGAAUGAGAAGGUUACCUGAAAGACGUAGAACAAGACGAUUUCGCUGUUAUAAUUGUGGACAAUACGCUUCACAUAAAGCUGCCACAUGUCCGUUCGAACCUAUGCGACGACGUUGUUAUCGAUGUCGUGAUCCAAAUCAUUUAAUAGCUCAAUGUCCAUUAUUACAUUCACUUACACCGCAUUGUUAUUUGGUACCUGGACCGUCAACUUCGCAGGUACCCCCACGAUUUUCAGAAGCACGUUUACGCGUACCACAACCGACCUUAACGACAGCACAACAACAGUUACCCCAACAAACCCAACAGCCAUUUAUGCAAUAUUUUUUCCCACCAGGGUUUGGUGAUGAUGAUGACGAUGAACAUGAUGACUUUAGGGAUCAAUAUCAAACAAUAAAACUAGAAUGA